CAAAUAUUUGUUUCACUAUUUUUCUGUCUUUUUACGAUUCUACCCUGGAUCCUAUCUAAAAACGAGUUAUUGCAUACGUGGGAUCGUAAUUCACACCUCUUUUACUUUUGAUAUUUCCCCAAGAAUCACCUACCAAACGUAGUUGGUUUCACCAGAUUUAUAGACUUUACAAUUUACAUACACAUCAUCACGUUCAAGCAUUUUCAUAUCAAUGGCGACCACCACUGAAAUUACCAAAACGCCCUCCUCUCCCCCUCAAAUAUUUCUUCCUUCGAAACUUUUUUGUUACUCAACCAAUGAUUCACUGCAACCACAAUUGACAACAAGGUAAGAUCUUCUAUUAAUGAUCACUUCUUGUGCAGAAUCUCUUGGGUGGGUUUAACUUCAAAGUUCAGUUUCUAGGGUUUCUUUCAAGUUUCAAGUGCUCAUUCUUCGUUAUUGAUCAGAUUGCUUGGAUUUGGUUAAAGGUUUGAUGCGAUUUUGUUUACUACCAUUUUUUAGGUUAUUCUAAGAAUUGAAAUUUGGGGAAAAUCAAAUGCUUAAUAGAGUCUAUUCAGCUUCCCCUGGAUAUUUUAGGUCUUCUGUGAAUUGGGCACAUUGUAAAAGAUCUCGUUUUAGGUCGAUCAACAGAUUCAAUGUGAUUAGCUCUUGUUUAUUUAUAGUGUUAGCUAUAACUUGUGUUUAUAUAUACUUGUAUGAAGCUGUUCCAUCACCUGUAAUUCUUGAAAAAAACACGAUCAACGAUUUACAAGAAUCAAACGGUAUUUGUGAUCUGUAUGAUGGAACUUGGGUUGUUGAUGAAACUUACCCUUUAUAUAAUGCAUCCGAGUGUCCUUUUGCUGAGACAAGUUUUAAUUGUUUAGCAAAUGGUCGAAGAGAUAAAGGGUACCUCAAAUGGAAAUGGAAGCCCAAAAAUUGUGAUAUUCCUAGGUUUAAUGUAGGGGUAAUUUUGGAAAAACUUCGUGGGAAACGAAUUGUGUUUGUUGGUGAUUCUUUGAGUAGGACUCAAUGGGAGUCUAUGAUAUGCUUGCUCAUGAAUGGCGUGGAAGAUAAAAAAAGUGUUUAUGAAGUCAAUGGGAACAAGAUAAGUAAAAAAAUUAGGUAUUUGAGUGUUCGAUUUCAUUCUUUUAAUUUCACAAUCGAAUUCUAUCGAUCUGUUUUUCUUGUGAAAAUUGGAUCAGUCCCAAAACGUUCACCAAAAAGGGUUCGAUCCACAAUUAAACUUGAUGAGUUGGAUGGAAUUAGCUCAAAAUGGAUCGAUUCAGACAUUUUAGUGUUCAAUACAGGCCAUUGGUGGAAUCGUGCAAAACUUUUUGAAAUGGGUUGUUAUUUUAAAGUUGGGGGAAGGUUGAAACUUGGAAUGUCAACAAUGUCAGCAUAUACAACAGCAUUGAACACUUGGGCUUCAUGGGUCGAAAAUAUGGUGGAUACGGAUAGGACCCGUGUGUUCUUUAGGACUUUUGAAGGCAGCCAUUGGAGCGGGCAAAAUGGUCACACAUGUGAAGUUACGGAAAAGCCCUUGUAUAGAAGUAACAUGGAAUACAGAAAUAAUUUUUCGGAUAUUAUAAAAAGUGUGGUGAAUAAUAUGUCGGUUCCUGUAACUACAAUGUACGUGACACCCAUGGGAUCGUUUCGUAGUGAUGCACAUGUUGGUACUUGGAGUGAUAAUCCAACGGUUCCUGAUUGUAGCCAUUGGUGUCUACCUGGAGUCCCUGAUGCAUGGAAUCAAAUCCUUUUUUCAUAUCUAUGAAACUACAACAUGCUCACUUGACUCUGACUAUUAUAACAAAUUUAAUUAAUUUGUUGUUGUGCAAUGCUCACAUUUAAUAAUUGGUUUCUCAGAUUUUUACAUACAUUACGUGUUUUACCACAAGUUUGAUUAGUGUGAUGUAUUCUGAUUUUCUUUCA